CUGGGCCUGUCAAACACCAUGUAUGCACGUCUGGGAGAAAUCAGCUCCCUGGAUGGCUCCAUUGCAGUGACCCUGGCAGCUCACCAGGCCAUUGGGCUGAAGGGGAUCCUCAUUGCUGGCACCGAGGAGCAGAAGGCCAAGUACCUGCCCCGCCUGGCCUCGGGGGAGCACAUUGCUGCCUUCUGCCUCACCGAGCCCGGCAGUGGGAGUGAUGCUGCAUCCAUCCAGACAAGGGCAACCCUGAGUGAAGAUGGGAAACACUUCCUGUUAAAUGGCUCCAAGGUCUGGAUCUCCAAUGGUGGCCUGGCCAGUAUUUUCACAGUGUUUGCCAGGACAGAGAUUGUGGACAAGGACGGGCAGGUGAAGGAUAAAAUCACUGCUUUCAUCGUGGAGCGGGACUUCGGGGGCGUCACCCAUGGGAAACCCGAGGAUAAACUGGGCAUUCGAGGCUCCAACACCUGUGAAGUACAUUUUGAAAACACCAAAGUGCCUAUAGAGAAUGUAAUUGGAGAAGUUGGAGGGGGAUUUAAGGUUGCCAUGAAUAUCCUCAACAGUGGAAGAUUUAGCAUGGGCAGUGCAUCUGCUGGAAUGAUUAAGAAGUUGAUAGAACUGACAUCAGAGUAUGCUUGCACCAGGAAACAAUUCAAUAAGAAACUCAGCCAGUUUGGAUUAAUUCAGGAGAAGUUUUGUUUGAUGGCUGUGAAAGCCUACGUGAUGGAGAGCAUGGCUUACCUGACUGCAGGGAUGAUGGACAGGCCAGGCUUCCCUGACUGCUCCGUCGAGGCUGCCAUGGUCAAGGUGUUCAGCUCUGAAGGUGCCUGGGCAUGUGUGAGUGAGGCUCUGCAGAUCCUUGGAGGCCUUGGCUACAUGAAGGAUUAUCCUUAUGAACGCUACCUCAGAGACACCAGGAUCCUGCUCAUCUUUGAGGGCACCAAUGAAAUCCUGAGAAUGUACAUUGCACUGACAGGGAUGCAGCAUGCAGGGAAGAUCUUAACUGACAAAAUUAAAGCAAUCAAGAAAGGAAACGUGGGAGUGGUGCUGGGGGAGUUCCUGACCAGGUUACAGGACACCCUGGGCAGGAAGGUGGAUCUGGGGCUUGUAGGUGACAGUGGGGUGGUGCAUCCCAGCCUCCAGGAGAAUGCCAAGAAACUUGAAGAAAACGUUUAUUAUUUUGGAACUACAGUCAGGGGCCUGCUAAGUAGGUUUGGCAAGACAAUAGUGGAUGAGCAGCUGGUGCUGAAGAGAGUGGCAGAUGUGGUGAUUAAUUUGUAUGCAAUGACUGCAGCCAUCUCCCGGGCCAGCCGCUCCAUCAGCAUCGGGCUCAGGAACCAUGACCACGAGGUGCUUCUUACAAAUAUCUUCUGCACAGAAGCCUAUUUCAAGAAUAAUUAUGCCAUGGCUCAAUUAGAAAAAUAUGCUGAUGAAAACCUGGAUGAUUCCAUUAAAAAAGCUGCAAAGCAGAUCCUGGAGAAGAGGGCAUACAUCUGCUCUCACCCUCUGGACAGGACCUUCUGAUUCCUCCCUGAGAGCAGGCACUCAUGAAUGUCAGUCAGGGAGGAAUUUGCUGCAGUUCCAGUAUUUGGCAUCUUAAAAGCAUCUGUUAUUUAAUGUCUUUACUAAAUGUAACUGUGUAAAAUAAAACUUCUUUCUAACCAAAA